AUGUCGGAGCCGCCGGCAUCUCCUGGGUCUAAGAGGAAGAUGCCGAAGCAUCUUCGUCAUGCCGCCACUAAUCGGAGUAAACUGGUGACAGCAACACGCUCCAAGCGGAAACCUCGCGUGUAUCUGGUCCAGCGAUCUACCGGGGAGCCCAUGCGUGAAUGGGUGCAGCGAAACCUCGAAAGCUCGUUGGCUGGCAACACGUUCAGUGCUACAAUGGCCAUUUUGAGUACUUUCCAGGCUCUAUUCCACGUUAGUCUUAACUGGACAGGACUUCGAAUUGGACUCGAUUCUUGGAUGCAAGAGGUCGAUUUCAGCAUUAAUCUGGUGUUCACGCUCGAGUAUGUCGUGCACGCGUAUGCGGCGUUCGAUCGCCUCGAAUACAUCGUGAGUUUCUUUCCGCUAGUCGAAUUUGCAGUUGUGUUGCCGUCAUGGUUUGAUCUCAUCACCACGCACACUCCCAGCAUCGACUACACCGACGCCCUUCCUCAAGUUUCGCGAAUGUUGCGUCCCUUACGUUUCAUUCGUAUUUUCCGACUUGUGCAAUUCGCGACAUCGUCUCUUCAGCAACAAGCUGUGGCUGCGAUGCUCACCAUUGUCUCGAUCGUCUUCACUACAGCCGGCGUGGUGCAAGCUACCGAGGCUUGUCUCCAAGAAUGUGACGGAGAGCCGAAAGUAUGCAAAUGUCGCGACUUGUCGUUCCCGAAUUUACUCUACUUUGUGGUGGUCAGUAUUUCGACUUUGGGUUAUGGUGAUAUCGCCCCCGUGUCCAUGAGUGGCAAGUUCGUGGUCGCCUUCGUCAUCCUCUUCACGUUCAUUGUAGUACCCAUUCAAGUGAACGGUAUUCAAGCCACGAUCACUUCGCAUACCGAUUAUUCGUCUGCCUAUUCGGAAGCCAAGCUACACCCUCAUGUGAUCCUCACUGGGUUUGUCAAUGCCGACUCGCUCUCGGUGUUCUUCGGUGAGUUUUUCCACCCCAGCAAUCUCAACUGGAACGAACGAGUUGUCAUUCUCAACGCUGCUCCACCCACACCGGAGAUCAACAAGGUGCUACAUGCUUACGAUAGUAAAGCCCAGUACAUUGUGGGCUCUCCGAUGCUGGAUGAGGAUUUAACGCGAGCUGUUCUGUGCGAUGCGAGUGCUUGCUACGUCCUAGUGAACCGACAGUCUUCACGUCCACAGUAUGCGGAUCAAUGCUGUGCGCUUAUCACGAUUGCGCUGCGUCGUGGAAACCCGACAUGUCCGAUUUACGCGCAGAUAAUUAACUCUCGCAAUGCAGCGACGUUGCUUAAAAUGGGCGCUAGUGAUGUGGUAGUUGUGGGGAUGCUCAAGUUCUCGAUUCUAGGGAGAAGUUGCCAAGUGAAUGGACUGCCUACGCUUCUCCUCAACUUGCUUGCCCAAUGCAACAGCGACUUGGACAGCCAUCAUUCCUCGUUGCAGUGGCAGAGUCAGUAUCUUCAUGGGUAUAUGCACGGUAUCUUCCUUGUUGAUAUCCCCCGAACAUUCUCGAGUCUUACAUUUGGUGAUCUCAUUCGCUUCCUGUACGACAAAGCCUCGAUAAUUCCUCUCGCGAUGCUUACCGACGACGGAGUGCGCUUCAUGGACAUGGACUAUAAACUGGGAGCCACUCCCGAUCCGAAUCUUUGCUGUAAGGUGUAUGCAAUUGCCAAAGGCCUCAGUGCCGUCGAAGGUGUCAUGAAGAUCCCACCGGAGCAGAUUCUAUCGUACCGCAAAGGUAUGCGUCGCAAAGGCAAGUCGACGUCGGCUACUAAUUUAAAUGAGAUGAAGAAAAUUAAACCUGCGUUGGGGAACGAGAUCGAGCAGAUCCGCGAGAGUAUCAUCAACAUGUACACGGUCGCUGACGACUACGACCUGGAAGCGGCGAUGGGGUUGGCUGAAAAUUCCAAUGGGCUUAACACGAGCUCGCAGGAACGGUUAAUGGGGGAAAUGUCGGAGUAUGAGCGCUUUGCAGCGCUUGGUGUACCGGACGAUGUCUCCGACCAUAUUGUAGUCUGUGGUUUCCCAUCCGACACUUAUCAUUUUAUCAAAACCAUUCGAGAGGCACCUAUGCCGGACGACAAUACUCCGUCUCCAGCUGUAGUUUUCCUGGCGUCGGCGUGUCUGGAUGAGCGCGAAUUUGAGCGUCUACGUGGUUUUUGUGAUGUGUACUUUGUACAAGGAUCUCCUGUAAACUUUGGCGAUCUCAAGAAAACCAAUAUUCGCUUUGCAAUAUCGGUUUUGAUUCUCACACAAUCGUCGGAAGUACAGUAUUCCGACCCGAAUAUGGUGGAUGCUGACGCAAUUACUAUUGUGCGGUACAUUGUGGAGAUCAGUCAGCGCACAAGGAUGCCAAAUCUCGUGGUCGAACUGGACAAAUCCUCGAAUGUUAAGCUACUGAGUUCGUUGGCCAAUGAGAGGCGGACGAGCUCUGCCUUUGGGCUACCAGCAUUGGUAGUCCGCAAUAUAUCGUACCGUUCACCUCGUCGAGACAGCGUGUCGUCUGUGGCUCGACGUGAUUCGUUCUGGUCCUCUCUCGACGAAGGGGACGGUAAUACCGACGCUUCCUUUGUGUUGGAAGAGUUCAUCGCCUCGGGUCGAGUGUUCAUGAACUCAAUGCUCGACUCUCUUAUGAGCGAAUGUUACAGGAAACCAUGGAUCACACAGUUUCUUCAUAUCCUCAUUAACGGCAGCAUCAACGACGUCGAGGAGCGCCGCCUUUUCCAGGUCGAAGCGCCCGAUGAGCUUGUGGCCCUAAAUUAUGGUGCAUGCUUUCGAAAGUUUCUCGACAUGGCAAGCUGCAUGGUUAUCGGGUUGUGGCGCCCAGAACGUGGCGUGGUGCUUCCCCACCCUUGUGUCUUCAUUAACCCUCCCAUGGACCUCCAGGUCGAGCCUGGAGACCUCUUCUUUGUCGUGGGAAAGCCUUUCACCUUCGCCUCUAGCCCCGACAUCUUCACAAACGAAAGUUGA